CCUCCAAGUGCUCGCAACUCCCAUCAGUGGACGAUACCCUAGGAGCGUUGCCCUUUUUGAUACAUACGACAUGUUCUGAAAAGAUACCAACAUUGUUCCACAAUAUUACUCUGUUAGUUUAAUUGUUAAUUCACGCAAAACUAGCCUGUUUAUGUGGCACAGAAUUUGUUCCUGAUCUGCUGUAUACUGAAACAUAAUGUCGUCAGCUCAGAUACGAAACUACGUGGCGGAACUUUCUAAUUUAAAGGAUCAAUUCAACACUCUUUCUAUUCAGUCUAGUGAGAAACUUAAAAAGAUUAUUCAAACUGUCCAAUCUUAUCAAACACGUAUGGAGCCGCUAAAUAAAAAUAUGGAGCAACUUCAGAUUUUACAAAGAAAUCUAGAGGCCUGUCGACUAAAGUUAAGUCAAGUGCAAGAGUAUCACCGUACUGGUCGUGAGUUGGAAAAUACUAUUAGACAAGGACCGACAGUUUUUACUGACAAAUUUUUAAAGGCUAUGGAACGUAUAAAGGAUGCGUUGGCAUAUUUUCAAGAGAAUAAUCCACAAGAUGUUGAAUUUAGUCGAUUGACAUCAUUGUAUUCAAUUGGCUUAGGAAGCUUGGAACGUGAAUUCGAUGGUUUAUUAAGACAAACUUUCCGUCCUAUAGAUGAUGCUACUUUAAUAAGAUUAAUGGAUCAAAAAGUCUCUGACAAAGAAUCAGGUGAUGGUUCAUUAACUGAAGAUACAGAACAAAUAGAGGAUAUUCCUAAUAAUAUGUUGAAUAGUUUACGUUUUCUUGCUAAAUGGAUGAGUGAAAAUCAAUCAUUUGUAAACAAACCACAAGGUAUAUCUCAAGGAUGUUUGACAAAAUAUUGUGAAUGCCGUCGGGAACUUAUCCGUUUAAAUUUAGUAAGAGUACGCGAAUUAUUAAGAAAAGCUGAAAAUCCAUCAUCAUCAUCUGGCACAGUAUCUAAACCAGGAUUUCUACCGCCAAACGUACGUGGUCGCACUAAACGCCUCCCUGGAUUCGUUUGGGAUAUAAAUGCUGUUCGACUUAUUAAUGAAGCAGAAACCGAUGAGCUUGAUUCUGAACACUAUGCUAUCGCUCUAGGUGUUCUUGUCAAAUUAAUGCAAAAUGAAUGUAUUUUAUUGGAUCGUUUACAGUUGACUGCUAGUCCACAAGAUUCUCAAGUGUUAUUGUUCAAUAUAUUUAAAAACGGGUCAUCUGAUAUCCUAACUGAAGGGACAACACUAACUCGUUUAAUGCAUCGAGCUCAAGGGCGGGCAGAAUUUCAUAUGGUUAUGUCAUUAUUAGUAGUACUUAAAAAGUUCUUCCAAAUUUCUGAUGAUCUUGUAUCUGUACUUCAGGGUGUUGAUAAUGUAUUAAUUGAUUUUAAUCAAUUAGUUCUUCGUUUAUUAAGUCAAAGUAAAAUAACGCUAGAAACUUAUGUACAAUUUUUACAACAAGUUACAGAAAAAUCUAGUUCAAAUAGUAAUAUUGUACCUGAAGAUGGAACAAUACAUGAACUUACAACUAAUGCAUUGAUGUAUUUAGAAAACUUGUUAGAAUUCGCUGAUAUUAUUGGUACUACUUUGUCAUUUACUGAAGCUGGUCCACAAGCUACCACUAACACACUUAAAUAUCUUACCACUAUUGGCCAAAAUCAUGCAUUUUUGGAAAAUAAAUUUGGGAAUUAUUUAUUUAAUGCUAUAUUCGCUCUUAUGACAAAUUUGGAACGUAAAUCAGAAGUUUAUUCUGAAGAAAUACGUCGAAUGAUUUUCCAAAUGAAUAAUAUUCAAUACAUAUUGAAAAGUAUUUAUAAGACAAAUAUUCACCGUUAUCUUUUAUCACAAGAUCGUGAAGCUGUUGCCAAAAUUACUAGUAUAUUGGAUGAACGUAAACUUUUUUAUACACGAUGUUGUGCUGAUAUACUACACUUACGACCAUUUCCUGAAAGUUGUGGAUCAAGUAGUAUUCGUCGACGUAGAGUCUCUCAAUUUGGAUCUGUAUUACUAGCUUCUGUAUUAUCACCAAAUCUAAACACUAAUCAUCAUAAACAUUCAAUCACUAACAAUGAACAAUCUCAAGAUACUAUGGAUGAACAUCUAACCAAGAUAGAUCAAAAGGAGAGAUCUUUUUUAAAAUCUCUUUGGAAUGAUUUUAAUAAUGGACUAAAUACUUUAACUAAACAACAUCAUCUUAUUUCAAUACCUGAUCGAGAAUUGAAAAAUAGUUUAGAGCAUCAAUUAGUACGGGAUCUAGUCGUUUUAUAUCGUGGUUUCUGGGAAAAAUCAAUGUCUAUCGCAUUCACAACAAAUCGUGAUAAAUAUAUUAAAUUGUCCGUUGAAGGAUUUGAAAUUCGAAUACGAAAUUUGUUUAAUGGAGCAUCAACUAACAGUACACGUCAAUAAAAAUACUUCAUUUUUUUUUAAAAUAAACGAAAUAGUGAUCUUCAUAUCGUUAUUAUCGUUAAUUUUGUUACUUUAGUUGUUUCUUUAUUCGAAAGAAAAAAAAACUUAAUUCCUUUGCAAUGUUUUCUCCACAAAAUAUAAAACUGAAUUCUCUGUUUUUUAUUUUUCUCUUUCUUUCUUUGUUUUGUAAUAAAUAGUUUGAAAACUUACAUUGAUAUCGUACAACAAUUAAAUGCUUAAUCAAAUACAUAACGUUAUUGUGCU